AUGAGCUCUCAACCUGGGGUCAGAUUUCAUGACCCUCCGGUCACUAAAUUCACCUCAAUGGAUGUGGAUGAGUCCUCCAAGUCCCGUAUGUCCCUUGAUCCAUUAGAUGAUAUAUACCUUGGGCCGGAUGAUGAGUUAGACUCUGAUUCUGGGUCGUCUGGUGGUUUGGAUCUGUUGAAUGCGAUUCCCGAUCCAUUAUAUCCGGCGCUGGUGGAUGGACUGGCCCUGUAUGAUGACCCGGACUUGUAUCUUGGUCCGGAGGAUACCUUGAUUUCGUCUGAUGAUGCUCCAGCUGUACCCGAUUUUCCUAUGGCUGCUAAUUCAGAAACUCCCGAACGUCAAUUGCCCAAGCCGGAACUCAACAAUGAAGCACUGCGUGCCAUGGUUCAGGAGUUCAUGCCAAUUGGAUCUUAUGAUCAAGCUGAAAAUCGCCUGGGUGAUUACCAACAGCGUCAUGGAAAUCUUCCUGCCCCUACAGUAGCACAACUUCUUGAGGCUGACAGACCAUUCAGGAUGGCAUGGGCUGAAACAUGCGACAAACUGCGGAAAGCAGAUGCGGACCUCCGGAGGAUGCAAAGGGUAAGGGAGUCAACCUCCGAAAUGCUGAAGGUAUUAGAUACCCUCAUUGAGUUCUUUGAGGACUCAAUACUCGCUGCCCGGUUGUCUGUGCUUGGUACUCCGUACUCGGUACUCGGUGCUCGGUGCUCGGGGUUCGGGGUUCGGUACUCAGUGCUCGGUGCUCGGUGCUCGGUGCCCGGUGCUCGGUGCUCGGUGCCCGGUGCUCAGUGCUCGGGGUUCGGUGCUUGGUGCUCGGGGUUCGGUGCUUGGUGCUCGGGGUUCGGUGCAGUAUACUUUACCUGCUCAGUACUUAGUACUUGGUACUUGUAUACUCCACCUACUCAGUCCUCGCUGCCCGGUUGUCUGUGCUCGGUACUCGGUACUCGGUACUCGGUACUCGGUACUCGGUGCUCGGUGCUCGGGGUUCGGGGUUCGGUACUCGGGGUUCGGUACUUGGGCCUUGGUACUCGAGAUUUGGGAUUUGGGAUUUAA